UGCCCGCGGGGCCGUGCGCGCCCGGGAGCGCCGGGGCUUUCCCCUGCGGCGGCUGCCCGCUGCUGCUCGUCCCCGGUCGCUCGUUUUUCUGACUUCUGCACCCUCCAGUUGUUGUCGCGCUCCGUUUUUUCCCCCGGACCAGCCUCUGCCGGGCAUUUUCUGAGCUCGCUUCGGCUGUUUUCCGAAAGAACGUGACCGUUUUGUUAAAAGCAUCUUUCGUAUGCCCUUGACCGCACAACCGCGUGGGCUUCCUACAUGACCAACUCCCCGACGCUGAUCGUGAUGAUCGGGCUCCCCGCGCGUGGCAAGACCUACGUGUCCAAGAAGCUCACCCGCUACCUCAACUGGAUCGGGGUGCCCACCAAAGUGUUCAACCUGGGGGUGUAUCGCCGGGAAGCCGUCAAGUCUUACAAGUCCUACGACUUCUUCCGUCACGAUAACAAGGAGGCCAUGGAAAUCCGCAAACGGUGUGCCUUAGUGGCUCUGGAAGACGUGAAGGCUUAUCUCCUGGAGGAGUGUGGGCAGAUAGCUGUGUUCGAUGCGACCAACACAACUCGAGAAAGACGGGACCUGAUCUUAAAUUUUGCUAAAGAAAAUGCUUUCAAGGUGUUUUUUGUGGAGUCUGUCUGUGACGAUCCAGAGGUCAUUGCUGCCAAUAUCCUGGAGGUGAAAGUUUCCAGCCCCGACUACCCAGAGAGAAACAGGGAGAACGUGAUGGACGAUUUCCUGAAGAGGAUAGAGUGCUACAAGGUCACUUACCAGCCUCUCGAUCCCGACGCCUAUGACAAAGAUCUUUCCUUCAUUAAAGUGAUCAAUGUGGGACAGCGGUUCCUAGUAAACAGAGUCCAAGAUUACAUCCAGAGUAAAAUCGUCUAUUACCUAAUGAACAUUCAUGUCCAGCCACGUACCAUCUACCUUUGCCGACAUGGUGAGAGUGAAUAUAAUCUUGUUGGCAAGAUUGGUGGGGAUUCUGGUCUGUCACCGCGCGGGAAGCAGUUCUCUCAGGCACUGAAGAAGUUCAUUGAAGAGCAGGAAAUUGUGGAUCUGAAGGUGUGGACGAGCCAGCUGAAAAGGACCAUCCAGACGGCCGAGUCCCUGGGGGUGACGUACGAGCAGUGGAAGAUUCUCAACGAGAUCGAUGCCGGAGUAUGUGAAGAAAUGACCUAUGCAGAAAUUGAAGCCAAGUAUCCAGAUGAGUUUGCUUUGAGGGAUCAAGACAAGUACCUUUAUCGCUACCCUGGAGGCGAGUCCUACCAGGACCUGGUCCAGCGCCUGGAGCCAGUAAUUAUGGAGCUGGAACGGCAAGGCAACGUCCUCGUUAUCUCCCACCAGGCAGUUAUGAGGUGCCUGUUGGCUUAUUUUCUUGACAAGAGUGCAGAUGAGCUGCCCUACCUGCGCUGCCCCCUCCACACCAUUCUCAAGCUCACUCCUGUGGCCUAUGGUUGUAAAGUGGAGACGAUUUCCCUGAACGUGGAAGCAGUGAACACACACAGGGACAGACCCUCUCUGAACUCAAGCAGCCAAACCCCUGUAAGGAUGAGAAGAAACAGCUUUACGCCGCGGGCCAGCGCGGACACGGUAAAGCGCCCACGACAUUACAGCCUUGGGAGCAAACCUCUCGACCUGCUGGGGCCUCUUCCAUCCCUGGAAGCUCGAGAUGGGGCCGACCAGCCGCAGCUGCAACCUCAAGGGGGAAAUGCUUGCCUAGGAUGGCCAGUUUAAUGAUGUAGAGCUUCGUGCUUUCCCGUCGGGUUCGGCUGGGAAGAGCCCUGCGGAUGGGACUGGAGCAUCUCCGGAGCACCGUGAGCCCCGCGACGCUUUGGCCAGUACUCUCUCCUCUGAAAUGUGCUUUUAGAGCCUGUGUCUUGUCUUUCUGAGUGCUGAGAUGUCUGUCAAUGGGAAAAUGCAUCACAGAUUUUUCAGUCGGCUUUUAAUUGCUGUGAGUGAAUGUGUCCCUGGGAUCUCUGGGGUGUCAGAGUCCCACGUCUUUGCUCCUGCUUAGAUGGCAAAACUAACCCCAGUGUGUGUGAGGACAGAAUGGUUGUAUCCAAACUCGCUGCAGCAGCUUUUCUUUGGAAGGUGUCACCAGACCAAAUCCCCAGUGUGUGUUUUAACUGUUGCUGUUUCCAAUUCAAAUGCUGUUGCUGUGGUGUCUCACCUGCAGAGAGCUCCGGUGACUUUGCUUUCAUGAGUGCUGGUUUGAAUCCCUGGGUCUGAGCCUGUUCCUUUGCUUUGGGGGAACUUUGUGCACAACACAAGGCACUGGUCAGGUCAGCAGAUCCUGUGGGAAGUGUCCUGCAAGGGACAGAAGGGAAUAAAAGCUCCUGUCACUCUCUGGAAACAGCAUAGCUACCAGCACUGUUGAAUCUGAACUCAAGUCUGCUUUAGCUUUGACCUUGAUCUAAGCCUCAUCCUUUCACUCAUUUUUCCUGGCUUUUUUGGAUGCUUUUAAUCUAUAACCACAGCAAAUCAGAGCAUCCCUUUGCUCGGUGCCUGGGAACAGCAGGGCUGCGUGUCCAGGAUUUGCAAGAAGCACAUGAUUUUUACCAGUUGUCUUUUUAAUGUACCAAAUUUUAGGCCCACAACAGGUGUUUUUAAACUUGCCUAUGAAUAAGCUGUGAAUGUUACUGAUGUAUAAUGCUGCCUUUAAUAGAGUUUAAGCUGCUUUAGUGCAUAGAUGGUGAGACUCCCCUGCGGUGCAGCUGGUGGGAUGGCUCUGGUUCACUCUACAUCCCCACCCAAAUCCCAAAUUUACACUUUUCUCCCACAAGUCUUAACUUGUGUUUUGCCAAAUUCCAUUUUAUCCCACUCCUGUUCUUGUACUAAGGGCAAAAUCCUCAGGAUGGCUGACGAAAGGCACACUUGGGUAUGAAGCAGGAGGCUGUUCUGAACCUGCUGCUUCCAGCUGGCUCCUUGAUUUAUAUGAGCAGCUUCUAGGGCCCAGGUAAAUGUAUAAAUAAAUGUAUAAAUGAAUGUUGGCCAUACCCACAGUCGGGAUCUGAGUGUGAGAAACGUUGGUGUCCUGGCUGCAGAGAUCAGCAGCCCAGAAGCCUGAGGUUUACCUGGGGAUUUUGAGCUCAAACCAGGUUGUUUUAAACACUCCCAGAGCUUUAAUCUGACAAAGCUGAGAUGGAGAGGGCCAUGACAAAGGCCCAGGCUCUAAUCCUAAACCUUUAAGACUUACACAGAGCAGAAGCAUGUGUUGAUCUGGAGCAAUUGUGCCAGGGAGGGAGGAAAUUCAGCAGGAGAGAAACUGAGUUUCAUUAGUUCUGUUCCUCAGGCUGUUCCCAGCAGGGUGCAGGCUUCUGGCAGCCUUCUGCAGAAGCAGCACCGGCUGUUCCUCCCUGUAAAUGUUUCAGUGCUUAGAAAUAACCCAGACAAACCCAACAAAAAAGGAGAAAAAAUGUUGAAGGCAGAGCUUUGCAGCCUGUUGCAUGGUAAUCACUCAGUGUCGCUGUCAGUGACGCUCUGGACGCACAAACAGGCACCACUUCAGGCUGCUGCUGCUGGGGAGCCCCUUGGUCUGCAGGGGAGCAGGAGUGGAGACGUGCUGCAGCAUGUUUACGCACAAUCUGCUGUAAUAACUUGCUAAGGAGCUAAUUAUAUUUGUAUCAAGUAGUUAGUUAGAGACAAAAUAGCUGUUUUUACCUGCCAAGAUUCCUGAAUGUAGCUGCUGGUGUGUUGGCAGGUAUAACUUGUCUUGGUUACUGUGGUGAAUGAAGCAGGUCUGCAGUUCUGGGUCACUGUGGGGCUCUGAUCCCUAUCGAGUGGGUCUUUGCCUUGGCUGAGGUCUGCUGGGCUGUGGGAUGGAGCCUCUCAGCCCCCUGCAGAUGGCAGCCUUUGUGCUUCAGUGCUUUAAUUAAAGCAUAACUGUAGCGUUUUCCUCCCGCAUUUUAUCUUUCAAAAUGUGUAAAUCCACGUGUCCAGAGCAGAGCAGCAGAUUUGUGAUCGUCAUUGUUGCUGUGUGGGUGCAUCCCACCUGAGGUGCCAGGUCCCUGGGUCCUGCUGAGCCCCGAGCUCGAGUGGCAAGGCUGGAGUGAUGCCAGUGAGCCCUCACAUCUCCCUGGCCCCAAACAGGCCUGUGGGCCCUUGUGCCAGAUAUUUCCUUUAAAUCACCUGAUUUCCUUGGCACUGUGCAUGCAAACACUCCAGAAUAAACAACUGUUGCACAAUGUUCCUGAGCUGGGGAUUAGCAGAGGCUCCUCUCAGUCGUGCUGGGCAGGUGGAGGUGGUGAGAUGGAGGUGUGGAAGUGAGCUUGGUGCCUUUGUGAGCAUUGCUCCACAAGUGUGUGGGGGAGGGUUCUGUAUUUCCCUGGCUUUCUCUCUGUUUCUAGCAGCAGAGGUGGUGGAGGCUGCUGUCACCUGCAGUGAGCAGCAGCAGAGCUGUCCCUGAGCUACACUCCAGGGGCUGCCUGUCCCAUCAGUUGUGAGUCACUCGAGAGAAAAAUGGUCACUCAGGCAAAAUCUGCCCCAUCUCUGCAGCCAGCAAUGGGGACAAUUAGAAAGUGAGGGGUGAAAGCUUAAAACCAGCACAGGCAGCUUGAGGUGGUGUGCACUGGCCGUGACGUUAGAGCUUUGUAAGGCAUCUCCUUCCCAGCCCCUUGCCAGUGGGUGACAAGCAGCUUGGGGGCAAGGAGCAGCCCUGGGAGGAGAGGCAUCACUGCCAGCACUUCCAGGAACUGCCUGCCCCAGAAUAUGUCCCAAACCCUCACCCUGUGCUCCUCUGAAGGGCACUGUGUGAGCGCUGCCAGUGCCACCUCCACCUCCUCCUGCUGCUCCUCUGUCUCUGAACACUGUUUACAAACUGCAUCUCUGGAUUUAGUGUUUAGCAAGAGGGAUGUUCCAUGUCUGCUUGCAAUCUGGCUCUGUUAUUGCUUUUUAAUCAUUGAGGGGUUUAGGUUUAAAGCUUGUGAUAUGUGUGAACUUGUGCUGUCCCCUGUGUGCUCUGUGCACUUGAGCAGAAAUAUCCCAUCAGCAGCUAUUUACAAU